CUUCAGUAUUCAGUAUUUCAAACAAACAAAUAACACUUGCUUUGACCACUUUGUCGAAGCAUUUAUGUUUUGACGGAAAAAUAUAAAUGAUCACAAUUAACAAGAUAAUAUAGAUAUAUUAUUAUUUUUUUUCGACUAUCAUUAUUGAAAAAGAAGCGAGAUGUUAUCCUUAGAAGUAAUAACUGCUCUCGUCGUUGUUUUCUGUUGUGUAUAUAUUUAUUACAAGUUUGUAUUGUUCACUUACUGGCGCAAAAAAAGUGUAUUUUAUGUCAAACUCGUUGAACAAGUUCGUAAUGCGAUUUCUUUCUUGACUGGAAAAGUAUCAAUAGGCGAACUAUUUCGCGAUAUGUACUUGAAAUAUAAGGACCAUCGAGUUUUCGGAAUAUAUACAUUUUACAGACCGAAUCUUGUGAUUUCCGAUCUCGAUCUUGUCCGAAUAGUGCUGACAAAAGAAUUCGGUAGUUUUCACGAUCGCGGAAUAUAUUAUAACGAGAAAACAGAUCCGCUAUCCGGACACUUGUUUGUAUUUCCGGGAAAAAAAUGGAGAAAUUUGCGCGUUAAAUUGACUCCUACUUUUACUUCGGGAAAAUUGAAGCAGAUGUUCGCAGUUCUGAAAGAUUGCAGUGAAGAAGUCGCGAAAUCUUUGGAAAAAAUGGCCGAGACAAAAGAAUGCAUUGACAUAAAAGAAAUAUUUUCAAGGUAUUCAAUAGACAUAAUUAUGGCAGCUGCUUUUGGAAUCAAAUCGAACUGCAUAGGACAACUGGAUAACGAAUUUCGAUACUGGGGAAAAAAAAUCUUUGAAAUAAGUUCUCCUAAAAAUACCAUUUUUUUGUUUGCACCUUCACUUGCCAAGUUGUUUUCUAUCCCUAUUUUCAAGCGGGGUGUCUCGAAUUUUUUUAUAAAUAUAUUUCGGGAUAAUGCGGAAUACAGAAAGACUCACAAUGUCGUCAGGCACGAUUUUAUGAAUCUACUUAUACAACUUAUGGAAAACGGCUAUAUCGAACCUGACGAAAAGAAAGAAGCCUCCCAAAAGAAUGAUGUGCCUCCGACUAUGAGUAAACUUUCUAUGAUAGAAGCGGCUGCACAAGCUUUUGUCUUCUUUUUUGCUGGAUUUGAAACGUCAUCAACUACGGCAACGUACUGUUUGUACGAAUUAGCCAUAAAUCAAAACAUACAAGAUAAGCUUCGACAAGAAAUUGAUGAAAUACUAAAUAAACACGGAGAAGUGACUUACAAUGCCGUAAAUGAAAUGACAUAUCUUCAUAAAGUAGUAAAUGAAACUUUGAGAAAAUAUCCGCCUUUACCACAGCUGAAUCGAAUAUGCACCAAAACUAUAAACCUUCCGACAAAUAUCCACAUACCGGAAGGAACUUUAAUUACUAUACCGGUGCUCGGCAUACAUCGAGAUCCGGCGAUAUAUCCGGAACCGGAUAAGUUUGAUCCCGAACGAUUCAACGCGGAUCAAAUAGCGGCCAGGCAUCCGUACGCUUUCUUGCCAUUUGGGGAAGGACCGCGAACUUGUAUCGGUACACGUCUCGGUUAUCUGAUGGCGAAAGUUGGAAUCCUAAAUGUUUUAUCAAAAUUUAAAGUUAAACUUCAUCCCCGAACUCCGGUGCCACCGAUCUUCAACAAAGCUCCUGUUAUACUUACUCCCGAAGGCGGUGUACCUCUUGUAAUUGAACCGCUACGAAACACUUGCGCUUUUUAAAACCGCGUUUAACCUACAUACGUCUAUUUUGUAACUAUCAAUUACAAUUGCUCUAUCGUUGUGCAAAACACAUUAAAUAAAAAAAAUAUAUAUAUUUUAACGUAAUAUUAAUAUUGAUAAUCUAUAUAUGCAGAAUCAUCCUACAAAUGAUAUCUUUUAUCGGUUUUGUUGGCGCAACGAUAAUAAUGACAAGUGGUUUCACAAUUUAUUGCCAAUAAUAUAACGUUAUUAGAUUAAACUUAGAUAACAAGCAGAAUUUCUAAACUACAUAGUAUCUUUAAAUCAAACUGAUCCCACUUAUACGCUAGAUCUAUGUCGCCGACUGCCUUCAUACAGUUUGCGGAGCAAUAAAUCAAUUCCAUUAGAUAGAUAAAGAAAGAAAGAAACUAAGUAUCUAUAAGCUGUUUUUGUCUACUUAUUUUAUAUAUUUGUUAUAUUGCUACGUUGUAUAAUACAGUUAUUGUUGCAUUUGUUC